UUAGAUUUAGAAGUUUCAUAAAUAUCCCAACUAGUUGUUUAUACGCCAAUGCCCACGUUGUGGUUUAAGUUUUGUUGUUUAUUAAUUAUGUGAUACAGGGAUUGUGCGUGUUAGCGUUUGUUUUUUUUUUACGAUAAAACCAGCGUGUAAAGAUAGUGUGAUACGAAGUUAUCUUUCUGGUUUAUAUACCCAAAAACAUUUAAAAAAUUUAUUAUUAGAAGCAUGUGACCUCAACAAUUAUUCAACUUUCAGUUGAUUUGUGAUAAAAUAAGCUUAGAGGAUGGAAAACUUUCAACUUUGUAAAGGUGACGCGGCUCGAAGAAAGGUCACUUCUUGACAAGACCUACAGGUGCCUUCGCAACUUGACGAGCUUAACGAGCGAACGAGAACCCGAACGCACACGUUGGGGUACGGAUUUUAAGGGCGCCUCGCAUAUAUCGAGUUAAAAUGGUGGGAUCGAGGAUUUACGUGGGCGGCUUGCCGUACGGCACGACCGAGCGCGACAUCGAGCGUUUUUUCCGCGGCUACGGACGAAUGCGCGACGUCCUGCUCAAAAACGGCUACGGUUUUAUCGAAUUCGAUGACUAUCGCGACGCGGACGACGCGGUUUACGAGCUGAACGGUAAAAGGUUAUUGGGCGAGCGGAUCACGGUGGAGAAGGCGCGCGGCAUCCCCAGGAACCGCGAACGGUGGAGUUCAAGUCGCGACCGUGGAGGACGCGAAAAAUACGGCCCACCUACCCGCACCAAUUAUCGCGUCGUAGUGGAGAACCUAUCGACCCGGGUCAGUUGGCAAGAUCUUAAAGAUUACAUGAGACAGGCGGGCGAGGUGACGUACGCUGACGCCCACAAGAAACACAGGAACGAGGGCGUAGUCGAAUUCGCUUCGUACUCUGACAUGAAGAACGCUAUCGAUAAACUGGACGACACCGAACUGAACGGGCGCAGGAUCCGCUUGGUCGAGGAUAAAAGCUCGAAACGGAAGCGUUCAGGGUCGGGUAGUAGCAGGAGUCGGAGUCGUAGCCGUAGCCGUAGCAGGUCGCGUUCCGCGAGGAAAUCGCGAUCUGGUAGCAAGUCCAAAUCCAGAAGCAAGUCGAAGUCGAGGAGUAAGUCGCCGAAACGAUCAAAGUCGCGCAGUAAUUCCAAAUCAAAGUCGCGCUCGCCCGAAAACCGCAAGUCGCGUAGUCGCUCGCCCGGGUCGAACGAGAGGCCGCGUAGCCAGUCGGAGCGUCGUAGCAGGUCGCGCCCGUGCGACGCUACGAAGUCGCGGUCGAAGUCGCCGCCGCCCCGCGACCGGUCCCAGUCGCAGCAUAGGUCGCGUAGCCGUUCGUAGCCUAAGCCCCGUCCCCGUUAGUUAUGUAUAUGUAAAGGGGGGGCGACGCAUCGGGGAGUGGGGAUUAGCGGUUAAGUAUUCAAACGUGGAGAAAAAUGAUAAAAAAAAGGGAGUCGGCUCUGGGACGAACUAUUUUUUUUUUUGGAGGGAAAUAUGAACGAGGACGGUUGCCUUGGGAUUUCGGAGAAAAUUAGUGAAACCGUAAGGUUUUGUAAUUAAUAUCGGAUUAUUUCGCAAAAUAAAAAAUAUGAAAUGCUCCAAUAUUAUAUUAAAUAUUCAAUACCCAUAACUAAAAAUAAUAUAACGGCCCAGUUGAGCUGAAGUAGAACAACGAAGUUUUCUGUUUUUUCUCUUCGAAUAUACACUUUACGCAUAUUCUGGGUGUUUGUUUAUAUUUUGCACCAUACCUAGACUAAAUCUCGAAGAGUUAGAAAAAAACUUCAAAUAAAAAGCUAUAAUAUAGUGGUGGAAGCAAGCACGGAAACAAAUUAUGCUAUAUCUUAUAGACCUUUUUACAUAUAAUCCAGUAGAAUCAGAUUUUUUUUUAAAGAUAUAUGUUUUUUUUAUAUGUAUAUCUGUUAUUGUAUAUACUAUAUAUAUUAUUAUUUUAGAAAAUAUACUUGUCUUCUGUGUUAAUUUUAUUCUAAUUUAAUAUUAUUAUUCUAUUAUAAAAGAGACUACUCGAACUGAUUUAUCUGAAACUUAGAAUCCAGAAAUCAGUGCCUUACUCAGUUUUUUUAUGUAGCGUAAUAUGUGGAAUAUUUUCAAAAAUAUAAGUAUAAAUAUUUACAUUUGUUAAUUUGCUUCAUUAAAAUUUUGACAUAUAUUUAAACAAGAACUGAAUUCCGGCUUACAUUAUUGUCUUAGUUCGUGCCGCAUUGCUUUCUGAUUUAUUUUAAUAGAAUUUAUACAGUUAGAAUAAAAUUAGGAUAGACUGAGAGUUUAUUUAGACUUUUAAACACUAAUGCAUAUUUCAAAUAGUAAAAAAUAUUAUACCGGACUUUCCAUUUGAAAAACUCAACUUUACAAAUCAAAUCUUAUAAAAUGACUACGUUAUUGGGUUCUACGUAAAAAAGUCUAUAUAAUUUUAUUUACUAUUACGGUAUCGGGUGUGUAAAAUACAAUGGUCCAAUUUUUAUUCAGGAAAAUCGUGCAAAUCAAUAACGAAAUGGACACACUGUACAUAUAUAAUAUUUACUUUCCACACAUUGUGAAGUAAAAAAAUUAUUGGAUUUGAAUUAUUUUGAAACGAAAGUCUAAUUAUAGAAGAGAUCUUAAAAGAAUAAAAACCCCUAAUCUCACUUUCAAUUCACCUUUGGUCACCAUUUUUGGUCCAAUACAAUUUUGUCCAAUAUGACACAAACUGAACAGGUAGCUCGUUGAAACUUUCCGACUGUGCCAAUUUUCAUCGAUAAAUACCCAACGUUCUGUCUUCUUUCAACUAUUCCACGUAAUACAGAAAUCGUAACUCAAUUUUUUCAAGUUUGGGACGUAGUGAGUUGCGUUACAGGCACCGCACAAUUAAUAAUAAUCAAUUCGUCACUCUCUUUUUAUUAGUUUUCUCUGUGGAUUUGAACGACGCCUUUUGGCUCCGUUAUAAUUUCUGAAUGUCGGAACGUCGAUUUGUGUCGAUCGAUUAAACACGCCCCCAAAUACCAAAUGUAAUAUAAACCUUUUUUUUAUUUGAAAGGCUAUCGGGUUUCUUUUUGUACACGUGCGUAUGGUGUGUUUUUUUUCUAAAAUUAUGAUUUCUUAAAGUUAGGUUUCGUUUGUUAGGUUAGUAAAUGCGUAGGGCUGCGGUUACGUCGGAUGCGUAGUUGCCGGUUAAAUUGCUCAGGGUUAAAUGUGGCUAUAUAUCCGAGAGUGUUGAAUAAUUAUAUAUACAUAACUAAUACUACUGCUAUUUUGGUUUUACUAUUUAGUUGAAAGUGUUAUCAGGACUACGGGAUACAAAAAAAGUUUAAAUAGGUUUGUGUGAAUUAACAGU